UCCUCCUCUGUCUUAUCCACAUUCGAGAGUAUAGGGACUUGAGCUUCUACGGCGGUUAACAAUGGCGACAGCUUCCGUAUGCAAUGCUGUGGAAGCUCGGUGGAGCAUGGCGUCCCUGAGGUCCGCCCUGCCUUCCGUCUCUACAUCUACCCCCACUUCCAUCCGAUUCUCCGGGGCUAAAUCAUCACCUUCCUUGUCUUCUCUCCGCAAGCCUCUGCUGCUCGAGGGAUCAUUCACUGGAUUGUGCCCUGUGAACCCCCUCCUCUCGCUCGGACUCUCGGGCUCCACUAGCUUUGAGCACAAUUUUACCAUCAUCGACAAUGGCUCUCGGAUUUUCGCAAUGAGGCAUGGAAGAAAGGUGCCGAAGCUCAAUAGGCCUCCUGACCAAAGGCGGGCCCUACUUCGUGGACUUACCACUCAGCUUCUUAAACAUGGUCGAAUCAAGACUACCAGAGCAAGGGCAAGCGCUGUAAGGAAAUACAUUGAUAAAAUGAUCACAUUGGCCAAGGAUGGGUCUCUCCACAAGAGGAGACAAGCCCUUGGCUUCAUCUAUGAGAAGCAGAUCGUCCAUGCUCUGUUUGCUGAAGUCCAGGACAGGUAUGGGGAGAGAAAUGGUGGAUAUACCAGAAUCAUCAGAACCCUGCCGAGAAGGGGGGAUAAUGCACCUAUGGCUUACAUUGAGCUCGUCUAAGUAUUAACUUUUCUACCUGAUAUAUAUUUUUAAAUAUAUGCUUUGGAUCGAUGCCUGUAUCAUUUUGUUUCUUUGAGAAUGCGAGUCCUAUAAAUUUGUGCAAGUGAAGUUUGAAUGGCUUAGACAUGCUUUUACUCUGAAUUUCAGGACUUCCUUUUCGUCCACUUCAAUUUCAAGUUCCUUUGAGCUACUUGUAUACACCUUGUUGUCUUCUAUCCAGACUGCAUAUCUUUUCAAUCCUAAAAUGUGGGGAAUUGAAUAUACGUUUAAUUUUAA